AUGUCAAUGCCCUCAAGAUUAGCACUUGCAAGCAUUGACAUUGGAUCAGCUGGCAUAAAUUCACCAUCGAUUGUCGGUGCAGAUGGAAAGCCGAGUAUGCCUGAAUAUGAAUUCCAUUGUUGUACAGAAAUAGUCUUAGCAUCAACAGAGCGCAUGCAAUUCAAAACUGCACGUGGAGAUUCCUGA